CCCUGCUUCCCCUGAGAUUAGGACGGAGGAGAAAGGUGUCCCGUUAAAAUCUCAGUAGCCGCGGGAGAGCAGCAAGGGCUGUGCUUCAAGCAUCAAGUGGACACUGUUCCACUGGGAUGGACAGGGCUUAGGGCAGCGUUGAAGAGCCUGCCGGUUCCUUGGAGUCCCUAGUCCUGGAGUCCCCCAGGUAGUGGCCUCGGCCUACACCCUAGGAUUCUGGGAUGAUGACUCCAGCUCCUGUCAGCUGGACGCCACAUGCUGGCCCUGUCGGGGGUGCCUUGCCAGUUAAAGGGUCAGGCCCAGGGGGCCCUGCCUGCAGAACCCAGGGGACUUCAGCACUCGGGCCUCCUUCUCCUGAAACCCAGAAACCUCAGAGGCCACUGCGCUGUGCGGUCAGAGGCCAGGGCCAGGCGCUCCGCAGACGCUGCGUUUUGGGGUUCCAAGGGGCCGGGUAACUGGCGAGGGGCUGGGGUGGCUUCUGCCACAUGGACUCGGGUCUGGGAGUCCCUCGGGUAGGGCUGGAAUGCGCAUGUGCAAUCUUCCGGGAGGUCCCGCCCCGCGUGCGCGGUGGCUGCAGCGGUGGUGACAGUGGCGGUGGAGCCAUGCCGCUGGAGGCCAUCCGCUACUCGCGGGGCUCGCUGCAGAUCCUCGACCAGCUGCUGCUGCCCCAGCAGAGCCGCUAUGAGGCGGUGGGCUCGGUGACGCAGGCCUGGGAGGCCAUCCGCGCCAUGAAGGUGCGGGGCGCCCCGGCCAUCGCCCUGGUGGGCUGCCUCAGCCUCGCCGUGGAGCUCCAGACGGGCGCCGGGGGGCCGGGUCUUGCCCCUCUGGUGGACUUCGUGCGCGACAGGCUGAGCUUCCUCGUGACCGCCCGGCCCACUGCUGUCAACAUGGCCCGCGCUGCUCGCGACCUGGCGGACGCCGCAACUCAGGAGGCGGAGCAAGAGGGCGCCACCGAGGAGGCGGUCCGGGAGAGAGUCAUCCGCUGCGCCGAGGACAUGCUGGAGAAAGACCUCAGAGACAACCGGAGCAUCGGGGACCUGGGAGCCCACCACAUCCUGGAGCGGGCAGCCCCUGGCGGGGGCAAGGUGACCGUGCUGACCCACUGCAACACUGGUGCACUGGCCACUGCUGGCUACGGCACGGCCCUAGGUGUGAUUCGCUCCCUGCACAACCUGGGCCGCCUGGAGCGCACCUUCUGCACAGAGACGCGGCCCUACAACCAGGGAGCCCGGCUGACGGCCUUUGAGCUGGUUUAUGAGCACAUCCCCGCCACCCUCAUCACCGACAGCAUGGCGGCCGCCGCCAUGGCGCACCGGGGAGUGUCAGCCGUUGUCGUGGGAGCCGACCGCGUGGUCGCCAACGGUGACACAGCCAACAAAGUGGGCACCUACCAGCUGGCCAUUGCCGCCAAGCACCACGGCAUCCCCUUCUACGUGGCCGCGCCCAGCUCCUCGUGCGACCUCCGCCUGCAGACGGGCCAGGAGAUCCUCAUUGAGGAGCGGCCCGGCCAGGAGCUGACCGACGUCAACGGGGUCAGGAUCGCAGCACCCGGAAUUGAGGUUUGGAACCCUGCCUUUGACGUUACCCCCCAUGACCUCAUCACGGGCGGCAUCGUCACCGAGCUGGGUGUCUUCGCCCCAGCUGAGCUCCGGACGGCCCUGAGCACCACAGUCUCCUAGCGGAGGGACCCCACACGGACCGGAUGGAACCACCUCAGCCUUCUACCUUGCCCAUGUCUCUCAGGUUUUAUAAUAAAUUGAUCGAGUGGCCUACCCAAAA